CUCAAGCCCUGAGAAGCCCGCACACUCCCCCAGGUCCCUGAGGCUAACUGCGUUCGUCCCGUCCAAGUGCUUCGUGUUGGGACGAUCGAGAAAGUCGCCGGGUUUGCCUCCCACGAGCCUGCCCUGCUGCCUGGGGCCGCUGGUGAAGCGGAAGCACAUGACGAACCAGGACGUGGUCGUGUCGGAGAUGGGCAUUGCGGCCGGGACCGCGCUGCCGGGCUCGAGCCCGGCCCUCCUGGCCUGCCGGGGCGCGGCGGCCGGCGCCAUGUCCCUGCGGUACCUCGACCUGGCAGCGGCGGCGGCGCGCUCGGCCAGCUGCACCUGGGUCGAGGCCAUGCGCGCCUCCUCGCCCACCCGCUCCCGCGCCGCCGCCGACGUCGACGAGCUCACGGCCUGGAUGAGGAAGCACCCGUCGGCGCUCGGGAAGUUCGAGCAGAUUGCCAGCGCGUCCCAGGGGAAGAAGGUCGUCAUGUUCCUAGACUACGACGGCACGCUCGCCCCCAUCGUCGCCGACCCGGACGCCGCCUACAUGAGCGACGUGAUGAGAGCGGCGGUGCGCGACGUCGCGAAGCACUUCCCGACGGCGAUCGUGAGCGGGCGCUGCCGCGACAAGGUGCGCAGCUUCGUCGACCUGUCGGAGCUCUACUACGCCGGCAGCCAUGGCAUGGACAUCGAAGGACCAAGCUCCAAUCCCGAGUCAGUUCUGUGCCAACCUGCGAGCGAGUUCCUCCCCGUGAUCGACGAGGUGUACAAGGCGCUGGUGGAGAAGACGAAGUCCACGCCUGGCGCCAAGGUGGAGAACAACAAGUUCUGCCUGUCCGUGCACUUCAGAUGUGUAGAUGAAAAGAGAUGGAACGCAUUGGCCGAGCAGGUCAAGGCAGUGAUCAAGGACUACCCCAAGCUAAAGCUCACUCAAGGCAGGAAGGUUCUGGAGAUCCGUCCGAGCAUCAUGUGGGACAAGGGCAAGGCCUUGGAGUUUCUGCUCGAAUCGCUCGGAUUCGCCAGCUGCAGCGACGCCCUCCCGGUGUACAUCGGUGACGACCGCACCGACGAGGACGCCUUCAAGGUGCUGAGGAAGAGGGGCCAAGGCGUCGGGAUCCUCGUGUCCAAGUGCCCCAAGGAGACGAACGCCUCCUACUCGCUGCAGGACCCCGGCGAGGUCAUGGACUUCUUGCUCCGCCUGGUGGAGUGGAAGCGGAAAUCCACGACGACUCGGCCGCCGGUGUAGCUCUUGUUCUUGGUCGACUAGUCAAUCGAUGGACCGACCGAUCGAUCGAAUGGGCGUCCAAUCAUGCGCGAAAACAUACCCCACCACUGCAAGACCAAUUUUUUUUUCUGUCUCUCUCUCUCCCUCUCUCUCCACUCUCUCUGACGAUUCUUCAGCUUGUGGUGGCCUCCGAAACCGACGACUCGUGGUGGUUGCUGUGUU